AUGUCGACGGAAGCGCGGGAUAUGGAGGUGCGGCUGGUGAACGGCAUGGUUAUGACAGUGAAGAUGGAAGAGACGGCAGGAUGCGUGGGCGAACGCGUGGCGACGUUGGAGGCGAAGCUGAGGGAGCAGGGCGACGCCAUGGCUGCCAUGCAGCGCGACAUGGCCGACAUGCACCGCGCCAUGGCCCUCCUCAAGGGGAUGGGGGCGACUGGGGCUUUAGGGGAGAAGAGUGCAGGGGAAUGGGCGGGAAACGGGAGCGACUCAAGGGAGGCAGCGGAGGGCAUUGGCGCGCAACCUAUGAAAGGCGCGCGGGAUUUUUUUUUUGUUGCGACUGAAGUGGGGGAGGUGAAGGCACAGGUGGAAGCGGUGAGGGGGGAGGCGCGGGACGCGGCGAGUGAGAUGCGCGGGGAGAUUGGCGCGGUGAAGGCGGAGCUUGCGCGGGUGAGGGCUGCGGCGGAGCGGCAGGCGGCGGAGGUGGCGUACGUGAAAGCGACGGCGGCGCACUCGAAGGCGCGCAUCAACGACGUCGAGCUGGCGCUCGCCGCCAUCAAGGAGAGGCCCGCGGAAAAGAGCUGCGCCGAACGCGAGGCGGGCAGCGCAGGGGAGGAUGUGGUGGAGGAGAGGCGCGAGGGGAAGAGACGGAAGAGGGAGGAGGCGGGGGAAAAUGAGGGAGGGGUCGUUGCGGGCGCUGGGCUUGCUCUGGUUGCCAUCGGUGGUGCGCAUGUGGAAAAGAAGGAUGAGGCGGAAAUGAAAUGCGGACCUGAGGGGGGAGAGAACGUUGCAGCGUGCGACAGUGGGGCUGAGCUGAAGGGACUGCGGACGCGAGUGGAAGAGCUGGAGGCAAUGAGUGCUGUUGGAGGCAAGACGUGGGAGGUUAUGAUGAUGCUAUGGAGAGAAGCGGUUCCCAACGAGACUGACGUGAAGCUCCAUGGCGUUCCAUGCAUCACGGAUGCCGCUCUCACAGAACUCGCCAGCUUCCCUUCUCUCACAACAAACAAGGCUAGAUAA